AUGGGCCAGGAAUGUCGCCGUUCAGUAUCAGUUAGUUCCAGUAAACAACUACUGAUCCUCUAUGAGUCUGACGAUGACCAUGAUUCAGUGUAUUACGAUCUUAAUGAAGGGUUUUCCAAAGAUUCGUUUCUUGAUAAAUAUUUGGUCGGCAAGGAGUCCUCUAACUCGGAAGACUAUUCUGCAAAAUGGCGUCACAGUUUUUCCAGGCGACCGACUUGGUGCGAUGCGGAUAUGGCUUUGCAGCAGAUCAAUCAUGGUGUGGCAACGGGUAAUCGUAUAGCCUUAUAUUCGCGAUCACUUUUCCAAUCAAUUUUGUUUAAUAUGGGUUCCUUUGUUCAAAAAUGGCCUUAUGCAGUUAUUUUAUGCGUAAUCUGCGUAUUCUUAUGUUGUACAUAUGGGCUUCAGAAUGUUCAUAUUGAAACUGAUAUUGUUAAGCUUUGGGUUUCACAGGGUGGAAGAUUACAUGAGGAAUUAAAUUACUUGUCACGGGUACAGCAAGAAACUCGACAGGUUACUGCUCGCUCAAGGCGGGACGCUGAAGGAAUAGAUGCAAUAAACUCAAGUACGUUUCUUUUGUCUUUUUUAACUUUUGUCGCACUGAUUUCAGGCGCAAAACUUCCUGUGGUAGAUUCAAGGCCGAUAAAACCUAUAACGCCGCUUCGGAGGGGCCCAGAAAUACCCAAAGAAAAUGGUCUUGGAGGUGCAUUUCAAGUGGUUAUCCAAACUCCAGAAAUCAAGGGUGUUAAUGUUUUGACUAAAGAGGCUUUGUUGAAACACGUGGAAAUUAUGAAUCAGAUUGCUGCAUAUUCCGUUGAGAUGUAUGGCGAGAACUGGACAUUGGCAGAUAUUUGUUUUAAACCACCAGCGCCUACUCUCCCACCAGGCCCUCUUACUGGAUUGGUCUCUGCCUUACUUGAACGUAUUGUUCCUUGCAUAUGGAUUACACCUGUUGACUGCUUUUGGGAAGGCUCAAAACCAUUAGGACCAACACCACCCAUUAACCUUGGUCCGGAAGUGCAAAGUUUUAUCAGCAGCAUGCCAAAAGGCAAUGUCACUUGGAAGAACUUAGAUCCUAGUGCCGUUCUUCGCGAAGUCAGCACGCUUUUCGACCUUGGAACUAUAGGGAAUUUUUUUGAAAGGGCUGGUAUCGGUUCUGCGUACUUAGAUCGAUGGUGCAUUGAUCCAUUGGAUCCUGACUGCCCACAAAGUGGUCCAAAUGGUUUUGAUUCUUGUUCGGCACUGAAGAAAUUUCAAGCUUGGAAUAACGCGAAGCCUAUGGAUGAGGCAAUUCAUUUGGAUGCUGAACAGUUGCCGAAAGAAGACAUGGCACUUUCAGAUGGUUCUUUAUUCCAGAAAUUUAUCGGAGGUAGGCGAAAACGUCAAGCACCUGCGAAGUUGGGGAACGAUUCUGCAAAAAGUGAUGAUGAUUACUAUGCAUAUGAUGACGAUGCAGAAUAUGCAGCACAGUUAAAUGGCUCAAAAAGUACUGAUAACAGGGAAAAGACUGAAGAUAAGAAGUGUCUGCAGUACCGAAAAAGUUUCUUGAAAUGGAUGGAUAAGAACCCAGAACGUUGGGGAGAUUUUUUAUCUGAGAACGAGAAACCUGUUUACCCAGAUUAUGGAGAAUUGAUGACUGGAGGUUGUGAUGGUUUCGCCAAGAAAACAAUGCGGUGGCCAGAAGAUCUAAUUAUUGGUGGCAUUAAAAGAAAAAAUCAUAAAAUGAUUAGUGCUGAGGCCUUUCAGAGUGUAUUCCUUGUUUCCUCCGGAUAUGACGUAUACCUCAGAUUUAGGGAUGGCAAACGAGAUAUAAAACCAAACUUAGAUUUGAAAAAUUGGACACCAGGUCGAGCCAAUGAAGUAGUUCAGGCGUGGCAAAGAAACUUCACCAAAAAUCUUUACAAUCACCCAUGGAACCACUUGAAGGAAAAUGUGAGACAAGUUCACCCUUUAGCUUCCACUUCUAUCGCAGAUAUGCUGGAAGAAUUCAGCCAAUUUAAAUUCUUUGUUAUAUUCAUAGGAUAUCUAUUGAUGUUUAUUUACGCUGGUUGGUCACAGCUCAAAUGGGAUGGUUACUGGUUUGCUGUAGAUUCCUCGGUUUGUCUUGGUAUUAUGGGCGUUCUGCUUGUAACGUAUUCCAGCAUUGCUGGUCUGGGGCUUUCAACAUGGAUGGGGAUUGAAUUCAAUGCAGCAACUACCCAGGUUGUUCCAUUCUUAACAUUGGGUUUGGGCGUUGACGACAUGUUUCUUUUAUUGCAUAAUUACAACGAAAUAGUUCACACAGUUCGACGGCGUGAAAUUGGAGUGUUGAUGAGGGAAACGGGUAUGAGUAUUUUGAUAACUUCGUCAAACAAUAUAAUUGCGUUUAUGUCUGGAACAGUACUGCCUAUUCCUGCUCUCCGGUCUUUCUGUUCUCAAUCUGCAAUUUUGCUCAUGUUCAAUCUUAUGGCUAUUAUGUUCGUAUAUCCCGCGUGCAUAGCGUUGGACUUGAGACGGAGGAGAUCUGGUAAACGCGACAUGGCUUGCUGCUGCGACGGGAGUGAUGAUGAGAAGAAGAAGCUUGGAGCAGAAACUUUGGAAAUCAAAAAAGGAAAACCUGUAUUGGGCAUGCUAGGCAUUCCUGGAUAUCCUCAGCCUCCUCCAGUUAUAAAAAAGGACUCUUGUGAGGACAAAAAGAAUGAUAUGCCAUGGUAUACUCUUCAAGGUUUUCUACAUCAUUAUUAUAUUCCACUCCUUGGCAGACGCAGUACAAAAGUAGCUGUAUUAGCUUUUUGCUCUGGACUAUUUCUGUUUGGUUGCGUUGGGCUUUAUCAAUCCACAUUAGGCCUUGAACUUUCUGACGUACUGCCUGAAAACACUGCCCCGUCUGCGUUUUUGCGCGCUCGAGAAAAGUAUUUUAGUUUUUAUCCAAUGGUUGCUGUGACUAAAGGUGUCGACUACCCAAAUCAGCAAAAGCUUAUUGAAGAAUAUCGCAAGGAAAUUGCUAAAUCUGAUUUUGUUAUCAAAGUUAAUGGCCAUGCUAGUGAGGAGUAUUGGAUGUCACUAAUGAGGAUAUGGCUUCGAUCUAUACAGGAACAUAUAGAUGACGCAGUUAGCAAAGGUUUGGUUAGUAAUGUGACUGGUGCUAUUAUUUCUGGAAAUGGCUUAACCGAUGAAGCAAGAAUAGCCCGUCGUAUGCUGUGCUCUUAUGGCAAUGUCUACAACUGCACAGGACGAGUUGGUCAUUUACGUCUCGUGGACGAUGACGGAGUAAUAAAUCCGGAUGGAUUUUACAACUACCUUACUGGAUGGUACAAUGUUGACAAUAUGAUGUAUUAUGUCUCACAGGCGUCUUUCUUCCCCGCACCUCCUUACUGGGCACCUUCUAAUGAAGAACAACUAGUUCCUCCUGCUGCGCCAUUGCUUUACAGCCAGAUUCCAUUCUACCUUACGAACCUUGUUGAUACUCCAAUAAUCGUUAAAAUGAUAAAUGAAAUUCGUGGUAUAUGCGACAAGUUUACUGCUGCGGGGCUACCCAAUUUUCCAUCUGGCAUUGCCUUUACUUUCUGGGAGCAGUAUUUGCACCUAAGGUGGCACCUGUUUUUGGCUAUAUGUGUUAUUGCUUUCUCUGUCUUCGUUGUCAUUUCAUUUAUGAUCUUUAAUGCAUGGGCUGCAUUUAUGGUUAUGAUAAUAGUUGUUUCUAUGACCGUCGAACUUGCUGGCUUUAUGGGUGUUACGGGGGUUAAGUUGAAUCCGGUUAGUGCAGUGACGCUCAUCACUGCUGUUGGCAUUGGUGUUGAGUUCACUGCACAUGUUGUAUUAGCUUUCCUGACUUCAAUGGGUACAAAGAACGAACGGAUGGCUGCAUGUAUGGAUCACAUGUUUGUCCCAGUUAUACACGGUGGUAUAUCUACUUUAUUAGGCAUUGUUAUGCUUGCUUUCUCGGAGUUCGAAUUCGUUGUCAAAUAUUUCUUCUUCGUAAUGUCUGCACUGAUUAUAAUUGGUCUCAUAAACGGUCUGGCAUUGCUUCCUGUGUUGCUUUCAUUAAUAGGGCCUCCUUGCGAAAUAAAGUCUGUCGAUGGCAAAAAUUAUCUUCCGGUUCCUCCUCCUCUGGACCCUGAAAAGAAGAAACUAAAGAAAAGAAUUGAGGGGACGUUACAUAAGGUUGACGGGUGUAGUGUGGUGGAAAUGCAAGUCAAUGGAGCUAACAAAGAUAAUAUUAACGAACAUUUAUAUCAUGAUUCCCUGUCGACAAUAGCCGAGGAAACUGAAGUAAAUCGACAUUUGCAGUCUAAUAAGAAAGGAAGGACUAACGAGUAA